GUUUGUCGCGAACUGCCUUUCGGAGCGGACGGGAAAAACAAUUUCGGUUACCCGGUACCCAGUAGAAAAAAGGUUUUCUUUAUCUGUGACUGUGGUUCUUGUAUAUUUUGGAAUAGAGCAAAAACUACGCACAUCGGAAUAGACCACUCUUAGUUCCUGUGACUCAUUCGAGGAUUAUCGAAGGAUUAGACUCAGAGGAUUAGCAGCUGAAUCUCAUUAAUUUUUGGAUUACAUGGCAAGAGCCGAGGGGUGCUAAGAGUGAUUGAUCAGCAUGUUGGUAGUGCCGGCGAAAUGGAUGAUUAGAUAGAGUGCAUGUGGUUGGCUAACUGUGAAAUAAUUGUUAAUGGCUACCAUGCGUCUCCUCCAUGCCUGAUGUGGUCGCAGUGUUUUCCCUAAUGGGGUUUUAUGGAAAGUGGUCGGCUUCGAGCUGGCAAAGUGCGGCAAGUUAGUGGAGUGAAAAAUCGUUUAGCACUGCGAGUGCAAAAGCCGCAUACAUUUGUGUGUUUCGUUCUGCGAAGGCUAAUACUAUGGAAUAAACAAGUGAAACGAAUACAUAAGUAAUUAGGCACCUGUUGUUGGGCCCUCAACGGUUGCUGGCAUAGAUGAAACAAACAGUGCAAGUGAAAAGAGAUUCGAGUGUAGUGUGGUGGAGAAAAUCCUGGCUCGUAGUUCGAAAGCAAACAAGAACAACCUGCUCCGGUGUGAUGACUAGAACCAACGUUAGAUCUCAUUAAGGAUAUAAUUUGUGGAGCGCACCACCGUAACGAGCGUGUACCAUCGAGUGUCCCAGAGCCGGAGUACUUUCACUACUUGACACGUUGCACGGAAUAUACAUAACUCGCACGAGAGGCUCCGACGCCCGCUAGAUUCCUACUUAUGGUCGUCACCGGGAUCCUGUGGGGCAGCGACAGCAGCGCACCAAACAACAUCCGUCGACGUGGCAUUGUGAGUGCUGAUGCCUUAUAGUUCCAAAGUGUGCGCUCAUAAAUGUAUUCCACCACCGUCUUGACGUAUGGCUAUGUACUACUAUGCAAGCAAAUUAUCAGCAGUAGCAUGUGGCACUCGUUGCCGUCAGGGAUUAUCCAGAAGGCAGCGCAAUCGUAACGCAAGUCGCAACCAGCAGCGAGUUGCCAAGAAGGACGACGAUGAAGAUUCCGACGAUAAUAACAAAGAUAAAAAGGCAUUGUCAUCGGUAUUGUAUGACGCAACGGACGACACAAUCGUGAUAUCGGUGAAAUCGUCGGAACAGCCAGAGGUAUGCUGUGAAAGCACGCCCACGUUCACGCACACGGCGCUCGGAUCGGGUGGAGUGAUGUACGGAAACGGUAACAUAGUGUCCGGUCCGUUCGAGUCCCUCAUCGAGCUACUCAUGCCUACCAACGCCGACGAGAUGAAUCAGGAAUAUGUUUUCUCCUUCCUGCUGUCGUGCCGAUUUUUCAUCCGAACAUACGAGCUGUUGGGUAAGCUGCUGGAAAUGAUACCGGAACCUGAGCCAGUGGACCGUUUCGUGCCGCUGCUUGCCGUGUGGACCAAGAUGUUCCCGUACGACUUCCGCGAUGAACGCAUGAUGAACCACGUUAAACAUAUCGUAGCUAGAUGCGCAGACACCAAAUUAGCCGAUGUGGUAUCUGAUCUACUUUGUGCCUUGUUAGCCCGGCUAACUGAACUCGAAAAACACGAAGAGGAACUCAAAAGCUAUCAAUCAACUGUUGACAAUAAGACUGAAUCAAUAACGUGGCCAAACGCUUCGCAAUUAGCACAAGUUUUAUGCAGAAUUGAGCGCAAUUUAGCGAAACACGUCGGACCAGAGGAGUUUGUCCAGUGCAGUGCCAAUCUGUUGAAGGAUCCCAACCGGGAGGACUUCACGCCCAAACCAGUCGGUUUCUGCAGCCCAUCCGGCGGCACGUCGUUGGAUGCCAAGAAAACGUGCAAUUUAGAGAGCUACCUGGAGUGGUCCGCCCGGCUGCGGAUGCUCGUGGCCAGUGAAAUCCUGAAGUGCCAAAACAUACAGGACCGCAACAACACGGUGGAGCUGUGGAGCGGAGCGGCCCAGUACUGCCUCCUGGUGGGCAACUAUAACAGCGCGACGGCCAUCCUGGAAUCGCUGGAUAUGCCGCCCAUCGCCCGAUUACAAAUCACGUGGAGUAAGCUUUCGACGACAACGAGUCAACAAUUGGACUGUAUGCAGCGUCACGCGGAAGGCUGUGGAAAUUUAUGGAGCAAACAAACGGAGACUGCCGGCUCCACCGGUGGCAGCAACGGUGCGGACAAAAAGCGAAAACCUCCGUCGACGUCAGCCACCGCCGCCGCCGCAUCAUCAUCAUCGUCAUCGUCGGCAUCCUUCGUCUCCAGACCAAAGCCCACCGAAUGGGUAGUCGUUCCGGUUUUUGUGGACAUCGUCAAACUCGCUUUGAAAUCCAGGGAAGACUGCUGUGUUAGGCUCCCAAAUGGGCACAUAAAUAUGACGGCGUUCGAUCGGAUGGCGGCCAUCGCCGGUGCAUUCACGAAACACAUGUGCCAAGUCAAUCAAACACUGCCGGACGUCGGCGAGUUUGCGACUCUCUGCCGACAUAUGCAAUCGUGCAAACUGCCGAACGAGUCAGAACUUAUGCUGGCUUCGUUUAGCUGCGAGGAGCCCACAAUAGCCGAGAAGGAAUUGUACGAUAUUACAUAGCACCAAUGUAGCCACCGUCGUCGCCGUUUCUGCCGCCACUGGAUUAGCUGGAUAGCAAUCGAGCUCGUAAUGGACAAUUAUUUGCAUACGCAGAAGGGGAGGAAUACCACUCCUGAUACCGAUAACGCUGAAGAUGGCAUCCGAAGAAUGUGGCCUCUGCUCUUGACAGCAGCAUUUGUGCUGGACUUGUUGACCCUACUGCUGUACCUAGUGCAGGCCACCAAUCACAGAAAUGCUCGGAAUGCCUUCGAGCACGAAUUGAUUGGAAAAACAAUUUUAAUAUUCAAAUAUUAUAAUAUCGACAGGCACAGGACAGAGAGCAGAAGGAGCAUUCUCAAUCGAACCCUGGCCCUGAUAGCUACUAACGAACUACAACGACACAAUGCUAGGUAAAUGGCGAAUCAUGAAUCAAUGGUAGACAAUUUUAUGAUGUAAUAAAUUCAUUGAAAUGAGUGUGAUUAGAUUAUGAAGAUAACGGAAAACUAGGAAAGUGAACAUUUGGUUUUCUAGAAAAAGUGAUUGCUGAGUAAGCAGCAAAAUUUAAAUUUCCUAUCCUCCCAGGGCACAUGUUAGUUAAUUUCAUUGUUUUGAGUAUAUUCGUUGGAAAUUGCAAAUAUCCCUAGGUUUUAGAAAAUCUUGAACGACCAGUGUAAAUAGAGCUAUUAGUAGCAAAUAAAUGAGUUAUCAAAUCAACUAGAUUGUAACACGUGGAAUGAAUACUGAAAUGAAAGCAAAAUAAAUGAUUAUUACUUGUAACGUC